CACCUAGUGGUACAAGCCUGUUAUUUCUCUUGGCUGCCAACCCCAGGGUCUUCCUCAACGGACCCCUAAGAGAUCCCUAGGCCCUUGAAUUUGGUGACACAAGGCAAAGGGGAGCGUCCGAGAGAAAGAUGCACACCCCUGGGAAGUGUGCAUUGCCUACAUUGCUUUCUUUGCUCCUCUUUGUCCCUUUUCUGUAUAAUGCAGGCAGGCUUGCUGUGAUGGGUAAGUAAGUCAUCUGUGUUAAGCGGUGGAUCCAGGGGUAACUGGAGGUGUUUAUCCCUGCCCUCCCUCCAGGAAGAACUGGCUGCCACACACAAAUGCACCUCUUCUUCGUCCCAGCUUCCAGUACUUUCUCCCCUCAACCCGGAGUUCCUGAUCAGAAUGGCUCCAGGCUGUGACAUCACAGAGCCCCCACCCCUGUCACAGGAGGAGAGGAGUCAUGAGGCUGUGGCUGUGGGCUUGGGUGUGGGUGUGGCUGCUGGGGCUGGGGGCCAUAGAAACAGCACCCAGCCCACAGAGGGCCAACACCUUGACCCGGGGAGCAGAAUCUGUGCUCUUCCUGGACAGACCUGACUUCUUUGAUUACCCGGACUCAGACCAAGCCAGGCUCCUGGCCGUGGCCCGGUUUAUUGGAGAGAAACCCGUCAUCUUUGUUAACUCAGGUAUGAACCAGCUUGAGACGGCCUCCUUCCUUGCCGGGGUCUGGAGAAGAGCUGCCCUUGGCCCUCCAAUUGGAGGAGCUGCCAAAAAGGGGCCUAAGGAGCCGGACAAGGGCCUUGCACUCUGCCCUGAGUGCCCAAACCUGCCCUCCUUUCCCGCUGAUGAAUAAAAGUCUGCUUUUUUCUUCCC